UCUGAUGAACAGCCAAUGGUAUCUGUUUCAGGAGUGUCUACAAAAGGAAAUUUAAGAACAAAUUAUUUGCCAAAAUAUCAGACAAGUAAAACGGAGCUAAAGGUGUCUGCAGCUGUUGCUUCUGCUUCCAUGGAUUCUGUUAGAAGCACAGGGAAUCUGACAGGGGAACAGGUUGCUAAUGAAGGAGGAAUGAAGAGUGCUUCUUUAAAAGAUUUGUGUCCUGAGGACAAGAGACGCAUUGCAAACUUAAUUAAAGAACUUGCCAGGGUAAGUGAAGAAAAGGAGGUGACAGAAGAACGUCUGAAAGCUGAACAGGAGUCAUUUGAGAAGAAGAUCAGACAGCUAGAGGAACAGAAUGAAUUUAUCAUCAAGGAAAGGGAAGCUCUGCAGCAGCAGUACAGAGAAUGCCAGGAACUUUUGAGCCUUUAUCAGAAGUACCUAGCUGAGCAGCAGGAAAAACUAUCGCUCUCCCUUUCUCAACUCAGUGCUGCUAAGGAAAAGGAGCAGAAGGUGUCCAGUAAGAAGAGCUUGUGCCAACAACCAUCUUUGGAGCUAGAUGGUUCGUACUUGGGUAUUGGAGGACUUCAGAAUUCUUACAAGAAAAGCAGAGCACCAAAGGCUGGAAGCCCAGGCCAUGUUGCAUUGUCUCAGCCUUGCAGCAAUAAUCACGGUUACGGGACUGAAAUCCAUUACAACCAUCAGGAGAGUCUGAAGGGCUGUCCUGCGCAAAAUGGCCUGCACAGAAAGUGUAACAACGUGAUGUACCCAGUCAAGCAGAGGAGUGCUCACUAUGUAAAACCAACUCAAGAGAUGGAACAGAAAGCUAAUGAGGUUCAGAGCUCAUGCACUCAGCAAGUGAGUCAUGAUUGUGCCUGCAGGCAUCUUGGGAGCUCAGGUACUGCACAAGAGAACCACCAUGUCAGCCAGGUGCUUAGAAGACACUCUGGGCCAGUUCACAAAACCUGUGCUUAUUCUAGGUGCUCUCAAGCUUCUGUUCUGAAUGACAGCAUGGACUCAGGGUCUAAUGAAACAGAAAAGGCUCAAAGGUUGUAUGAAGAAAGAAGGCAGAAGCUGCUUCUGCAGAAGAUGGAGCUGGAAAUUGAAAAGGAAAGACUCCAGCAUUUAUUGGCUAAGCAAGAAGCAAGUGUGCUAAAACAACAUCAACUGUGCCAAUCCCGUGUGGAUUAUAACAGGUUUAGAGGCCACAUACCUGGUUCAGAAGAUGUGCCCAUUGAUGAAGCACCUGGAGAACUUUCUCUAAUGAUGAAUGGCAACAGCAUGGGGCUAAGUGUGCCAGUGCUGAAAUGUGAAGAUUAUUUUUCAAGGAUGCCUCCAGUGAGAAAAACCUCCAGAACACCCAGGAGCAAUGGUGAGAGCAAUUUUGAGAAGAAAAUAGUUGGUUUUGAUGCAAAUGUGGAAGACAGUCAAACUCUUCUGAUGCAAACUGAGAAGGAAGACACUAAGUCAAGGAAAGGGAUAACUUCAGGACCUAGGAAGGAUGCAGCCAUGUCUUCUGUGCUGAUAGGCAGCAGGAAAAGGCUUGUAACCACAGCCACAUCACCAAUCCAGCAUGACACUUCACGGUAA